UACAUGGAGGAAUACCAGGAUGUAUUGAUACGGGGGGGUUUCCCCUCAUCCUCGGAAAAGAGCUUUUUGGUCCCCAGCUUCCCGUCCCAAAGUGUGUUUGGUUUUACCGCACGGGGUUGUCAGAGGAUUUAUUGAGAUCCUGGUCGGAAAGCCCAGAGCACAGCGCCGGAUACAGACUUCCCCGCAGCACGAUGACCCAGGCUCCAGAAUCCCAGCAGGGAACUCGCGGAGGAGUGGCUUGCGUGGAAGAGUGUGUGUCCUGGCUCCUGCAUUUUACUUAAAGCAACAAGAGAGCAGCGAAGGAGUGUGCUACUGUGCUCUCUCCAGCACGUGGUGUGGCAUCCUGCACCCGGAAGGAUGCUCUAGAGAUUUUAACUGCCUCUCAUUUCUUCCAUUGAUAGUUAAUAGUGCUCCCCUUUAAACAAUACUUUAUUAAGGUAUGAUUUUUCAUACAGUAAAGUGCACAAAUCUUAAGAGAUACAGAUGAAUGACUUUUUGCAUAUGUGGCCACCACCCAGAUGAAGAUCGAGAAUAUUAUUAAGAGCCCGAGAAAAUUCCCUGGUGACCCUUUCAAGGCAUUACUACUGUCUUCCCUGCCUGCCAGAGGCCACUCUGUAGGCCCAGCCUCCUGACAACCCACGUCCAUCGGUCUUUGCUCCCCGGGUAGUCUCUUGGUGCAUCCUUAAUGAACUGUUACAGUCCUCAGGAGAAUGGCUCCUUGCCUCCUUCUGACACUGGCGGGUGACCUGCUUACUGCAUGUGUCUUCAGCCAGUGGACCAAGCUUCCUCCUUUUCCCUUGGACCACCACCUCUUCAAAGAGCAGAUGACUGUCACUCUCUUUGACCUGCAUGCCAGCUACAGCUUCCUCCUCAGGUUCCAUGAAGUCCCUGGCUCAUUCGCUGUUAGGUUGGCCUCUAAAACCAGGGUAUCAGCAUGGAAGCCAUGAGUGAGAAUAAAAUGGUGCCCUCUGACUAUAGCACAGGACCUGUGGAAAAAACUUCUAAACCUUUGCCAUUUAAGGAUCCCAACUUUGUGCACUCCGGCCAUGGUGGCGCAGUAGCUGGCAAGAAGAAUAGAACCUGGAAGAAUCUGAAACAAAUCCUCGCUUCUGAAAGGGCAUUGCCGUGGCAACUGAAUGAUCCUAACUACUUCAGUAUUGAUGCUCCUCCAUCCUUCAAACCAGCUAAGAAGUAUUCUGAUGUUUCAGGUCUUCUUGCCAACUACACUGACCCGCAGAGCAAGCUGCGGUUCAGCACCAUCGAAGAGUUUUCCUACAUUAGGAGGCUGCCCUCCGAUGUUGUCACAGGCUACCUGGCCCUGCGGAAGGCCACAAGCAUCGUGCCCUGAGCCUUGAGAAGUGGCGAUGAAGUGGAAAACUUUCCAAGCCAGACUUGGACGCACAGUUUUGUUUCAUGGAAACGCUCAUUCUGCUGUCAGUCUGGAAAUGUCAGCGCUGGGCCUUGGAAAGAAUGUUUGGCUUUAAGGUGUGUGUUUUUUCUAUGUUUUCCCUCCAAGUGUGAUAUUUCCUGUUGAGUUAAAUUAUAUUUCACUUGUUGCCUCAAGUAAAGUCAUUUGACAAGAAAA